GAAGGUCAAAAAGCAGAACUGGAGUUGGGAAUAAGAUGAACCAGAGGGCAAGGGUUUGAGCUCCCUCUCUCUCUCUGGUAUGCUACUCAACACACUUUCAUUAAUUUUCCCGAAACCUCUGCAUCCUUGUGUUCUGCCACGUUAUUUAUCUUGUAACCAAACUUUUCAAGCUUCUGUUUCUGGCAGCCGAAGACCCCUUUCUUGUAACAAUUUCAAUAUCUGCUUAGGAACUUUCUGGGUAUAAAAAAAAGUCUUUUUUAUUAUUUAGUUUGCCCAUUUUCGUUUUGUUUAUUUUUCUGUUAAUGUUUAGGAUUUUGGUUUCGUUUCUUAACAUUACCUGUUUCUGGGUCACUUAAAGUUUGAAACUUUGAGUGAUUUAAAUACUCCAUUCAAGUGGGAAAAUGACAUCCAUACCUUCGAAAAACCUAUGGAUUCGGAGGCAACAAUGCCCUUGUGGAGAUUGGAAGUGUUAUAUUACAUAUGAGGGUGAUGCUGAGGAGGGUUCUACACCACCAGAAUUGGUGAAGGCAGAGAAAGCAUCAUCUGCAGCUAUGAUUACUCCCUAUGUUGGGAUGGUGUUUAAGAGUGAUGAUGAUGCUUUUGAGUAUUAUGGCAAUUUUGCUAGGAAGAAUGGGUUCUCUAUUAGGAAAGAAAGAUCUAGAAUUAGCCCUCAAUUGGGUAUUUACAAGCGUGAUUUUGUUUGUUACCGAUCUGGUUUUGCCCCGGUGAAGAAGAAGCCUAAUGGUGAACACCAUAGAGAUAGGAAGUCCGUGAGGUGUGGAUGUGAUGCAAAAAUGUAUCUGUCCAAGGAGGUUGUAGAAGGGGUUUCUCAAUGGUUUGUUGUGCAGUUUAGUAAUGUGCACAAUCAUGAACUCUUGGAAGAUGAUCAAGUGCGCCUUCUGCCUGCGUACCGUAAAAUUCAUGAGGCCGAUCAAGAGCGUAUACUCCUGCUUUCCAAAGCCGGGUUUCCAAUACAUCGGAUAGUGAAAAUGCUUGAGUUGGAAAAGGGCAUCCAAGGGGGGCAACUUCCUUUCUUGGAAAGGGACGUGAGGAACUUUGUUCAAAAUCGCAAGAAGGUUGUUCAAGAGAAUGAGGCAUUGCUCAGUGAGAAAAGAGAAAAUGAUAUAUUGGAACUUCUUGAGGCAUGCAAAGCCGUUAAAGAAGCAGACGAUGACUUUGUCUAUGAUUUUACAGUGGAUGGGAAUGAUAAGGUUGAAAAUGUAGCUUGGUCAUAUGGUGACUCUGUUAAUGCAAAUGCUAUGUUUGGUGAGGUAGUUUAUUUUGACACUACUUAUCGAUCGAUCACUUAUGGAUUGCUUUUCGGUGUAUGGUUUGGUAUUGAUAGCUAUGGUAGAACCAUUUUUUUUGGUUGUGUUUUAUUGCAGGAUGAAACACCGCAAUCCUUCUCAUGGGCAUUACAGACUUUUGUCCGGUUCAUGAGAGGAAGAUGUCCACAAACUAUACUAACUGAUCUAGAGCCAGGGCUCAGAGAUGCCAUUAGAAGUGAAUUUCCUGGAACUAAACAUGUCAUUCCUCAGUGGAAUAUUCUAUACAAGUUACCCAGUUGGUUUUCUCUUCGUCUUGGGUCUCGCUAUGCAGAAUUUAAAUCCGAGUUUGAUGCCUUAUUUCACAUUGAGAGUACAGAGGAUUUUGAACUUCAGUGGAGCCAAAUGAUUUCUGUUUUUGAACUUGGUUCAGAUAAACAUACUGAUUUAUUGUUUUCUGUUCGAGCAUCCUGGGCACAAUCCUAUGUAAGAGGUUACUUUUUGGCUCAAAUGGUGACAAUAGCUUAUUCAAAGUCCAUAGAUGCUUUUUUGAAAGGGAUUUUCACUACACACACAUGUUUGCGUAGCUUUUUUGAGCAGGUUGGCAUUUCUGCAAGUUUUCAGCGUCAAGCACAUCAGGAGACUCAAUAUAUUCAUCUCAAAACUUGCAUACCUAUUGAAGAGCACGCACGGAGUAUUCUCACACCUUUUGCUUUCAAUGCUUUGCAGCAAGAGCUAUUACUGGCAAUGCAAUAUGCUACAUCUGAAAUGGCCAAUGGAUCAUAUAUUGUGCGGCAUUUCAAGAGGAUGGAUGGAGGACGACUUGUGAUAUGGUUGGCAGAAGACGAACAGAUACACUGCUCUUGCAAGGAAUUUGAAUCCUCAGGAAUACUAUGCAGACACGCUCUUCGUGUAUUCGUGAUAAAGAACUACUUUCAGCUGCCUGACAAAUACUUUUUAAGUAGGUGGAGACGCGAAUGCUCCUUGCUUAUUGAUGAUGAUCAUAAUAAUCAAGGUAUUGGUGGGGAUUGGUUUCAAGAAUAUCAGUCCCUAGCAGAAACUUUAUUUUCAGAAUCAUCAAUUACAAAAGAGCGAUCUGACUACGCCCGUAAAGAACUGACAAAAGAACUAACUAGGAUUCUUAAUGAGGUUAGAAAUAUGCCUGAGACUGAUGCAGUCUGCAUGACCAUGACUGUUUCACCAGCCAGCUAGUUUUUAAGUGCUGAGUUGUAUAUAUGUGAUAGCAUGCAAGUUUGCAACCAUCGGUUCAUGAUAAUAAAAUGUAAAGUGACUAAAUAAAGAAUGCUUCCACAGCAAGUGACAUAGGGAAAUUGUUCAAACCUUUUCAGUUUGUUUUGAAAUGGAAUAUUUUACAU